UUGGCAACCCCGUUUGCAAUGUUUACAUUUUGCGCUUCAAUAUUUUGUUUUUCUAAUCCGAGAGAAGCCGAGUAAAUUAACAAAAAACAUAGUAGUCUGGUGCUUGGAUUGUUAUAGCCCUUCAUCUGGAAUGAACAAGGCAUCAGUCUGAUAUUUCUACUGGAACUGUUAACAUGGCUCAUCAUAACCGGCAACGUAAGGCCGCAGCCAAGGAAGUUAGAGAAGCCAGAGAGAUCAGGAUGAACCUGCAUCCGGAAUCCCCAAUCACCGAUGAUCUGCAGGAGCCCUCGCCAGGAGAACUGAUCCAGCAAACAUUCCACAAAUCAUGGCUCCAAGUACGCCGGUUGGCUGAUUAUGUGAUGAAGGAUCUUGGAGGCAAUGAGUUCAUCGAAUCCCUGGGCAGCUGGUGUGCCCGCAAUCCGCAUCUGGCCAUCUGUAUGCUGGCCGCUGGCCUGGCCUUUCUGAUACCGUUCCUGAUAAUAUUUGGCUUUGGAGUAGCCACCAUCAUGAUGACAUUCACUGGCGUUCUUGUACUGGAAGGCACUCUUCUCACUAUUGUUUCGAUGAUAUUUUUCGCAUGCGUUGGCGGCUUUGCCAUUAUGGCUCCAAUUAUCGGAGUGGCUGCCGUGGCUGCAUUUUUGGGUUUCUCUCAUGUGUGUGGAGCGUACAACGAAUCGGGAUAUAGAGGAUUUCUAAACAAGCUAUUGAACCCCCCACCACGUCCGGUGGAAAAUUUGACUGUAACCUUUUCGGAAGAAGUUAGUUCCACUUCUCCUGAUUCAAGCCUGUAAGCGACCGUUACCAUCCUGAAGAAACCUAUUUGUACUAAUUGUUGGCCAAUCAUUUUCGUUAGUUAAUAAAAAUUUCAUUUGAAUUGCCAGUUAA